AUGCCUCCCCCCGCCGCCCACAAUGCCGCCCCAAUGACCCAACUCCGCCCACCACGCGACUCCCUCGAACUCGCCAGCCUCGCCAGCUCCAACGCAGAAGGCCGCACCUCACAAGACUCCUCCGCAUCUGGGGCCCCCUCCUCCCGACACCUCUCCUUCGACGAUCCCGCGCCCUACUCGGGCUCUUCCACCAGACCAGCCCGCGGAGGCAGAUCCUACUCCGUCAGCAGCGCAUUCGACUUCAAUAGCUCCUUGUUCCCGCUUUCAGCGUCGGCUCCUGGAUACACCAGUCUUGGAACACCGAGCACGCCGAACUUCGAUGGGGGAGCACAGAGUCUGGAGAGGAAUAAGAGCUUGACGUAUUUGAACGGCUUGUCACUGGUCGUGGGCUUGAUUAUUGGGAGUGGCAUCUUUUCGUCGCCGGCUAGCGUCAAUAGCAAUGCGGGCUCGCCUGGUGCCGCGUUGAUCGUUUGGGUCAUAUCGGGUCUUCUGGCUUGGACUGGCGCGGCAAGUUAUGCGGAGCUGGGAGGGGCUAUACCGCUUAAUGGAGGUGCCCAGGUUUACUUGAGCAAGAUUUUCGGGGAAUGGGCGGGCUUCUUAUUUACGUGGUGUGCGGUCACGGUGUUGAAGCCUGGAUCGGCGGCGAUUGUUGCCAUUAUCUUUGGGGAGUAUCUCGUAAGAGCUAUCAUCGGGGCAGAUGCGGCUGAUGCGAGUCCGUGGAUCAAUAAAGGUGUGGCUUUGGUGGGAUUGCUGUUCGUGACGGGCAUCAAUUGCAUUUCGACCAAGCUUGGAACGAGGAGUGCCGAUUUCUUCAUGUUCUCCAAGUUUGCAGCACUCCUUGCAGUCACAAUGGCGGGCAUUAUUGUCGCCAUCACUGGCCUGGCAUACAACAGGGAAGCACUGUCAGACCAUUGGAAGACGACAUCUUGGUUCGAAGGCACAUCCGUGUCCUCGUCACAAUGGGCAGUCGCAUUGUAUGCCGGACUCUGGGCCUACGAUGGCUGGGAUAACACAAACUACGUGGUCGGCGAAAUGAAGAAUCCCUCUCGCGACCUUCCCAAAGUCAUCCACACAGCUCUCCCAGUCGUCAUCAUAUCUUACAUCCUGGCGAACCUGGCCUACAUCUUCGUCCUCACACCCACCAUCAUCAACUCCUCCAACACGGUCGCAGUCGCCUUCGGCAGCACAGUCCUCGGACCCCUCGGCUCCCUCCUCCUCGCCUUGGCAGUGUCAGCAUCCUGCUUCGGCGCCCUCAACGCCACAACCUUCACAGCCGGCCGUCUCGUCUACAGCGCCGGGAAAGAAAGCUACAUCCCCGAACUCUUCGGCGUCAUCGGCUUCUCGGACUCUUCCCAGCGAAUGCGCCUCCCUCGCCGCGGUGCCCAAGCCAAGAAAAUGACCAGCUUCUUCGCAGACGAGCAAGGUUUCUUCUACACACCCAUCUACGCCAUGGCCCUCAACGCAGUCCUCACAACAGUCUACAUCGUCAUCGGCGACUUCACAACGCUCACGACAUUCUACGGCGUCGCGUCGUAUCUCUUCUACUUCGCCGCCGUCGUCGGACUAAUCGUACUGAGAGUGAAAGAGCCCGAGCUCGAGAGACCUUACAAAUGCUGGAUCGUUACGCCGGUUGUGUUUUGCUGUGUGAGUUUGUUUUUGCUGAGUAGAGCGGUGUUUGCGAAGCCGUUGCAAGCGUUGGUGGUGGUGGCGUUUAUUGCGGUGGGCUUUCCGCUUUAUCGGUGGAGGGUGGGUGGGAGGAGGAAGAGUGGGAGAAGGGCGGAGGAGGAGGAGGGAUGGUGGAAGUUUUGGAGGAGGUGGGGGAGGGGGUAG